AUGACGGAAACGCCAGUCAUGGUGGACCUUUCCGACCUCCCCAACCAUGACCAACAGACACCAACAAAUGCUGGAGGGAAAACGGCCAAAAUACCCUCAUGCGUUAUCUGCUCCAGGAGAAAAGUCAAAUGCGACAGAAAAAAUCCCUGCUCGUCCUGCUCAAAACAUGGAGUCGAAUGUGUGUACCGCAAUCCACUCCCUCCGCGCCGCGGUAAGAGGCGUGCCAGCAAUGUCGCGAGUAGCCCCGAAAUUCGUGUCGUCUCUCGUCGGCGUGCCGGGAGCCCUAGGGAUGGGAUGUUAAAUUACAUGGAUGAUAAAGAACCUCCUCGGCUUCAUCAUACCUCGCAUCAAAGGACCUCUAAGCCAGAGCAGGGAAUGUUGCUCACCAGCGGCAGCAAUGCGGUCUAUGUCGAUGACAACGUAUGGACAAGCGUGCGCGAUGAGCUCCCAGAUGCUGAAGCGGCCUUAUGCGACAUGUCCGACAACGACUCAGAUCACUCAUCUAAGGAUAUAGAUGAGGAGUUAUCUCUUCUAUUACGGUCCUCAGUUCGAAAGAGUCUUCUUGGACUACACCCUACAACGGUCCACAUCUUUAGGCUUUGGCAGACAUUCCUUGAGAACGUCAACCCACUCGUCAAGGUACUCCAUGCACCGACUGUACAGCAGCGGAUUCUCGAAGCCAUGGGCGAUCUAGCUUCGGUACCAAAAGAGACAGAAGCACUGAUGUUCUCAAUCUAUUGUAUCGCCUUGGUUUCAAUGAGCGCCGAGGAUGUGGAGAAAGCAUUUGGAAAACCCAAAGCACCGCUUUUGUCAAACUAUAGGCAAGGUGCGCGACUUGCUUUGAGCAAUGCGGACCUGCUGCGCACAUCAAAUCUUAUAGUACUCCAGGCCUUCUUUAUCUUCUUGCUCUCCAUGCGUGCAAUGUCUGAUCCUCAUUCGGUCUGGUCCUUGUGUGGGGUAGCAAUGCGCAUCGCUCAGCGUAUUGGUCUCCAUCGAGAUGGUAGCCAAAUGGGGCUCUCGGUCUUCGAAACAGAGAUGCGGCGUCGCCUCUGGUUGCAAUUGGUAAUUCUCGAUGCCACAGUCGCAAGGCAUUCUGGCAUCAACAUGCAGAUCCCCUUUGCAGCGACUGAUGUUCAGACUCCAUUGAACGUGAACGAUAGCGAUCUUGAUCCACGAAUGAAGGAGGCCCCUCGUGAACAUUCGGGCCCUACAGAGAUGAUAUUUUGCUUGACCCGCAAUGAAUAUGGCGAAUGGCUCCGGCGCUGGUCCCGUACCAAUAACAAUCAAACUGAAUUCCCAAGCCCUAAGUUCCUGACCUCAUCAUCUCUGUCAUUGAAAGACAAAGACACGGCAAUUCAGGAAUUGGAAACUGCUAUGAAGACGAAGUACCUGCAACACUGUGAUAAGUCAAUCCCUCUGCACUCUAUGACCACGGUCAUGGGGCACAGCAUUGUGAGUCUCAUGAAAUUCAUUGCGCAUCACCCUCGUCAGUACAGUGAGCGUUCACUUAGCAUUCCCCAAAAUGAAAGGGACCGACUGUUCGUUAUCUGUCUUCAAGUAGCAGAGAAUGGAGAAGCUGUUCAAGCGGAGGAGCUCACACGCCGAUACUCAUGGCACGCAGAAAACCACAUCCCUUGGGACGCCGUGAUUUACAUGUUGUAUGAAUUACAGCAUCGCAUCUCAGGCGACCAGAUCCAGAGAGCUUGGUGUGUUAUAGACAAGUUGUUCAGCCGACAAUAUCAACGGCAGAGGAAGAGCGCUCGAAGCCCACUGCAUUUAGCAAUGCAGAGCCUUCUGAUUAAGACUUGGGAUACACAUAGCCAGCAGCGCGCCCACCGGGGUCUUCCCACUUUGCCAUGCCCCUUAACAGUCAGUACUAUAAAAGGGAGAAGAAUAACAUCGGAAUCUCAUUGUUCCAACACAGAAUCCUCUUCUCAGCCUGAUAUGAUGGCGGAAGAUACUCAGCGUGAUCUCCAGGAAACGGUCAAUACGUCAGUUGCUUCAUUCGGGAACUCUGAAAUAGACUUUGGCACAUUUGACUUCAAUGCCAUGCCUUGGGGUACCUGGGACGAUUUGCUGGCAAAGUUCGAUCAAGGCAUGACGGAUGAUGAAGUCUUCUGGUAA